UUCAAAAUGGGUUUGGAAAAUUGGAACCAUGUGACCUUGUUGAAAAUUCUAGCCCCAAAAAUUCUAACUUUUAAAGGCUAAAUAUACCCCUCCUUUAUAUGACUCCCCACCCACUUUUUUUCUUUCUCCAAACAGAGCUAGAUCUGCUUCUUCAAUUCAUCACUGAGAAAAAUGGAAGCUCUCUUUUCCCAAUUCACCUUGCUCUCUGACCAAGCCUUACAAGACAAGAACUUUGAUCCCUCCACAAUUGAAGAUCUAAUGAAGCUGUUUGAGGUUGAAUCAUACAAGGCAUGGGCAGCUGCUGAACUUGAGCAAGAGAAAGAGGUGGAAGAAGCAGAGGUUGCCAUGCAAGAAGCUGAGGACUACCUUGAGUCAGUGAUGGAAAGUGCCAUGGAUGAGUUUAGAAGAUUUGAAGAAGAGCUAGAAAGGAUGUCAAAAACUGAAAUGGAAAGUUUAGUUCAAACUGCUCAGAGUGCCAGAAAAAUGGGAAACUUGAUGGAAAAAGCAGCUUCUAUUGCUUCCAAGAGGUAUAUUGAGGCUGCCCUCAAUUCAGCCACUGCUUCUAUGAAAUCGGCUUGGAAAGGACUCUCUUCUGGGAAGGUUCAUCCUUCUUAAAACACCCUUUUCUUGUUAUCAUAUACUAUAUUAUUCAGUCCAGGUUAAGUUAAGCCUCCAAUAAAAUACUUCUCCUUUAGCCUUUCUUGUUAUUUUCACUUCUUAAUUACAUUGCUGCUUUGGAAAAGAAGUGAAAUUAGAUAA